ACAGUAAUGUCAGUGAACUCUAAUCAGAAAGUACAAAAGCUUUUCUUGUGCUUGUCUCUUCGUUCGCGAAUGCAUCUCUCUCUUUAGUAAAUUCAGUUUGCCAAAUGCCUCAGUUCGCAUUUCGCUCUCGACGAAAAAGCUUGUGAUGGAUAACCCGCGGAGCAUAACCGAUUUGCCGAUCGAAGUCCUCGAUCUGAUAUUUAAGCAUCUUAUUUAUAUGAAUUACAAAGUGGAGCUGGCUAAGGUCCACAAAAAGCUCACAGAAGCUUUUGCCUAUCACAGCAAAAAUGAAUUUAGGACGCUUAAGGUAACAAGGUGGUUUUCAGAUGAAUCAUUUUUGUUGAUAAUACGAGAAUGUGGGCACACAACUGAGGAAUUAGUUUUCGAUAGAAGUUGUGCCUUCUGGAACGAUAUUCUAAUCGAAGCGGUUACCAAAUACUGUACCAAUCUGAAAUCGUUUAAAGCAGUUUUAUAUAGAACGGACAGUGACCAAAUAUUUUCCUUUUUGGAAAAAAUAAAGAAAAUAUUAUUAUCAGUUUCAUUGGAACAACGUGAGCGAUUUCCAUUAGAAAUAUUAAAAGUUGUUGGUGAAAUGACGCAAUUAAAGGAACUUUCAGUAAAAGGAUACAUUGACGAGAACGCGUUUCAUUCAGUUUACGAAAUUCAGAAAUUGGUCGCCCUGGAGAAGCUGAACAUCGAACACCAUUAUUAUCUAGACAAGCCUGAUGUCAACAUACUGAGAAUCUGUUCGUCACUAAACAAACUGCGAGAAUUGACUAUAAAUAAUGUUCAUAUAAUGUCAUGUGAAGAGCCCUAUUCAAAAAUAUGGGCCGAACUGGAGUCCUUAAAGCUUAUUAUAUGCGCAUUAACACCCGGAAUACCAGACUGUCCUAAUCUAAAAGUUUUGGAUAUUCAUUACCUCCGAAAAUCCGAAGGCUACAUUUUAAAAUUUAUUCUUAAAAAUGGAAGAAAUCUGACAACUUUAUAUGAAAGAUGCCAUCCACCGAUCGACGCCAACGGUUUUCUCCAACUGCUUCGAGGCUGCCCCAAUUUACGAUAUCUUUACACUCCUCUGGAAUAUAUUAAACUCUAUGCGGCCUAUGUGUCUACUAUUGUGGACAUUUUGAGGGAAAAUGAAGUGACGCGGGAGAACCCAUUUAAACUGGUUGUGUGUAGACGAAUUAAGUGGAAAUGGUUUCGAAGAUUGCUCCGUCGGACACCAAAUGCUGAAUUGAUAAGCCUUUAUUUAGCUGAAGAAUAAGGAAAAAAUAAUAUUACAAUAAUAAUAAAAUCCAGUAGUGAUUUUAAUUUAUAUA